CACGAUGGACGUUAUGUCCCCUCAACUCAUGUGGAUCGGUACGCGGUGUUAUCGUGUCAAUCAGACAAAAUCCAUCGCGAACAAAGAGGCUUCCUCCGAUUGGCCUCAAGCAUACGUGGAAGAGGACAUGUACGAGGAAGAUGAGCGUGGCGAGGAAUACGAAAUCGAAGUGACCAACACUGGAAGGUUUCAAACAUCUUUCCAUGUUCCCGCUGCAUUCUAUGCGAUGAUCAUCGGUGCUAAGGGGCAAACCCGCCAACGAUUGGAGACCGAAACGAAGGCACAGAUACGCGUACCCAAGCAAGGCACUACCGGUGACAUAGUGGUAACGGGUGCCUCUAGAAAAUCAGUAUCUGCUGCACGAUCCCGCAUUGAGCUGAUUGUUAUAGGAGCACGAAACAAACAACAGUUCACACACUUCCUUUCCGUUCCGCUAAACGUUCCGGAGGUGACGAAACGAUUCCUAGAUUUUCGACAUAAAGUAGUCAACAAGCUGCCACGCGCAUUUAGCGUCGACGAGUCUUUGUUUCAGCAACCGGAAAAGCUGCACAUCACGCUAUGCACGAUGAGCCUGAUGGAUAAUGAGGAUCGAGCGAAUGCGGCACAAAUAUUGCUCGAUUGUCAGGAAUCGAUACUAAGUCCAAUACUGCAAGAAAAUGGUCCGCUAGAGAUUCGAGUCCGUGGGCUGGAGUACAUGAACGAUGAUCCGCAUGCUGUGGAUGUGCUGUACGCGAAAAUCGAGUCACUGGCAUUGCAAACAGCGGCGGAUCAAAUUUACGAGUACUUCAUAGCGAAAGGCUUGAUGCAGAAAAAGUACGACCACGUAAAGCUGCAUGCCACGCUGAUAAAUUCAUUGUUCCGAGUAUCGCAGACGGAAGCGGUCAGCGAUAGAGAAGCGGAACGGAAGCGCAUCACAUUUGAUGCGAGCGAAAUAUUGCGUCUGUAUGGAGAGUUUGAUUUUGGUAGUUUGGUGCUGAAGGAAAUUCAUCUUUCGCAGCGAUAUUCCACCUCCUGCACCGGAUAUUACGAGGCCACAGCUGUUAUGAAGUUGUAAAAA